GCCUUCCCCACUUUCUCUUUCUUUAAUAUCUUCCUUCGUCCUCCUUAAUGACUUCACGGUCCUUCACGGCGCUCGCGGUGGGCGCAUUGGCCCUCUUCGCGGGACCUGUCCUUGCAAACCCUUCAUCAUACAACCUGCACGCGAAACUGCAGAAGCGCUCGAGCGGAGUAACGGCCAACACCAACGGUGUGGCCGCGCAGACCUACGACUACAUUGUUGUUGGCGCUGGUCUCACAGGGGUCACUGUGGCGGCACGCCUCGCGGAGAACUCAUCAGUUUCAGUUCUCGUUAUCGAGGCGGGCGGCGACAACAGGACGAAUUCCCAAGUUUACGAUAUCUACCAGUACAGCGAUGCAUUCAACGGACCUAUGGACUGGGCAUGGCCGUCCGACGCCGGAAAAGUGAUUCAUGGCGGCAAGACUCUUGGUGGUAGUACCUCCAUCAACGGAGGCGCGUGGACUCGCGGACUGAAUGCGCAGUACGACGCGAUCUCCAGCCUGCUCGAGGACUCUGAGCAGUCCGUCGGAUGGAACUGGGAGAGCCUUUUCGAUUACAUGAAGAAGGCCGAGACGUUCUCUGCGCCCAAUGCCCAGCAGCAGGCCAAGGGUGCACAGUCCAUCGCAUCCUACCAUGGCACGUCUGGUCCUGUUCAGGUCACAUUCCCCGAUGAGAUGUACGGCGGUCCGCAGAUGAAGGCCUUUGUUGACACGAUGGUGAAUGUUACCGGCAUCAAGCAUUACAAGGACCUGAACGGCGGUACGCCGAACUGUGUCUCGUAUACUCCCUUGAGUUUGGACUGGCACAGAGACGACCACCGCUCAUCCUCCAUUGAGGCGUACUAUACCCCGGUCGAGGAUCUACGCGCCGGCUGGACGCUUCUAAUUGAACACCAGGUCACCAAGAUUCUCUUCCAGAACAGCACUAGCGCUCCUCACGUCGCCACCGGCGUUGAGUUCGGCAAGGCUGAUGGUACUGGAAGCAGACAAGUUGCUCACGCGCGUAAGGAGGUCAUCCUGGCUGCCGGUGCUAUCAACACCCCGGCUUUGCUGCAGCUCUCCGGCAUCGGCGACUCCGGCCUUCUCAGCGCCCUUGGGAUCCCCACGAUAGUCGACCUCAAGACUGUUGGAAGAAAUCUCCAGGAACAGACGAUGAACUCGCUCGGCGCGAACGGCAACGGCUUUGAUACGGGAGGCCAUGGCCCGACCGAUGCGAUCGCGUACCCUAACAUAUACCAGCUCUUUGGGUCAAACGCGGGAGCGUCGGUCCAGAAGAUCCAGUCGUCGUUGAACGCGUGGGCACAAUCGCAGUCUCACAAUGCCUUCUCUACCUCUGCACUGGAGACCAUCUACAACAUCCAGGCCGGGCUCAUCAUUGAUAACAAUGCUCCAGUCGUUGAGAUGUUCUUCGACAGUGGUUACCCUGAUGACCUUGGGAUCGACAUGUGGCAACUUCUGCCUUUCUCCCGCGGCAAUGUUACCAUCAAGUCCGCCAAUCCGUUCCAGAAGCCCGCCGUCAGCGUGAACUAUUUCAGCGUCGACUGGGACCUCGACGUCCAGAUCGCGGGCGCCCGUCUCUCGCGCAAGAUCCUCGCCACCCCGCCCCUCGCCAACCUCCGCUCCGCCAAGGGCGAGACGCACCCAGGACUGAAGACGGUCCCCGACAACGGCGACGGCGGCUCGGACGCAGACUGGAAGAAGUGGAUCGUCCAGGACGGCACGGGCGGCGGCUUUUCUGCGGUCUCGCACCCGAUCGGCACGGCGGCGAUGAUGAAGCGCAGCCUCGGCGGGGUCGUCGACGCCCAGCUGAGGGUGUACGACACCGCCAACGUGCGCGUCGUGGACGCGUCGAUCCUCCCGUUCCAGAUCAGCGCGCACCUCUCGAGCACGCUUUACGGCGUUGCGGAGAAGGCGGCGGACCUCAUCAAGGCUGCCCAAUGAACGACCGACGCGGCACUCUGACUUCUACGCUCGAUAUGUCUGCUUACGCCUGGGAGGGUUAUCCCGCACUUGCGCUGCUACCUUUGAUGCGGAAAUAGCUGACUUAUGAUUUUGAGCACCUCCCAUUGGACUACCUUGCGGCUUCUAACUUAUUGACACUGUGAACUCGGACUAUUUACGCCCUGUCUCACCAUUCGUUGAUGCUGAUCGCUCGAUCGCUGAACUAUUAUAUCGACAUGUGCUGUAAUAGUAGAUUGUCGAAGGUAUGUACCUUAUACUAUAUAGUACAAGCAGUCUCUGGCUCUAC